CCUCCUCAGCCGCCGGCGGCCACAGCGGACGGGCUCCUGCGGCUGGGCUGGGCGGCGGAAGAGGCGCCUGCGGCCGCCGCCGGCCCUGCCGGGAGGAUGUUUUCCUUCUCCACCGUGCAGCCCCAGGCUACUGUUCCUCUGAGUCACCUUAUCAAUGCCUUUCAUUCACCAAAAAGCUCCACAACUUCUGUCAGCAAAGCAUCCAUACAGCCUGUCCAGAGGGACACCUCCCCCGAGCAUGAUCCUCUGAAGAAGAGUGAGUCUGUAUUUAAAAAUUUAAGAGAUCUGGGAUUGUCUGAUUUGAAAACUAACCAGUUUAGAGAGUUGGUGAAUAGGCUACUUCCUGGCUACUAUACAGAAAACAGAGUCUCCUCACAGUGGCACACGUCGUACAUCUCUGCUCAGUCCUUCUUUGAAAAUAAGCAUGGUUUUGUGGAUGUUUUCAGUGCUUUACGCUCAUCUUGUUUGUAUGGACAACAUCCUAAUCCCCUCCAAAAUUUCUGUUCGGAUGUUCGGUGUUGGCCAGUUUACAUACAGACACGGAACUUUAAGACUCUGAGAUCAAGAGCAAGACGUCUGCAGUCAACAUCUGAACAAUUAACAGAAACCAAAAGUUCAUUUUCUUCAAUUUUGAAGGGUUUUAUCCUGAGGAAGCGACGAAUUGAUGUUGAAAACUUAGACACACUAAUGAAAACAAAAAACAUCCCAGAGGCACACCAGGAUGCUUUUAAAACUGGUUUUGCAGAAGGCUUUUUGAAAGCACAGGUAUUCCUGCAAAAAACACUUGAUUCCUUAAGAAGAUCACGUUUGCUUUCUUUCUUUCUCUUCGUUCUUUGUUUUUAUCUUGCUAUAUAUUCGUCAUUUUUACCUGGGAAAGGUUCCUUUUCUGAUGCUGUACGCUUUCGAACAUCAAGUAUCUUUGAUGCAGCAGUUGAUCCAAUCCAGUUGAAAAACGUCACCUUUGAACAUGUUAAAGGGGUUGAAGAAGCUAAGCAGGAAUUGCAAGAAGUUGUGGAAUUUCUGAAAAACCCUCACAAAUUUACUGUUUUAGGAGGUAAACUUCCAAAAGGCAUUUUGUUAGUUGGACCACCUGGUACUGGCAAGACACUUCUUGCACGGGCCGUGGCUGGUGAAGCUGAUGUUCCAUUUUAUUACGCGUCCGGGUCGGAGUUUGAUGAGAUGUUUGUUGGUGUGGGAGCCAGUCGCAUCCGAAGCCUGUUCAGGGAAGCAAAAGCAAAUGCACCUUGUGUUAUUUUCAUUGAUGAAUUGGACUCUGUUGGUGGGAAGAGAAUUGAAUCUCCAAUGCACCCCUAUUCAAGACAGACCAUUAAUCAACUCCUUGCUGAAAUGGAUGGCUUUAAACCAAAUGAAGGUGUUGUUAUUAUUGGUGCAACAAACUUCCCUGAAGCAUUAGACAAUGCCCUAAUACGUCCUGGUCGCUUUGACAUGCAAGUUACUGUUCCCAAGCCUGAUGUAAGAGGUCGCACAGAAAUUCUCAAGUGGUACCUUAAUAAAAUCAAGUAUGACCCGUCUGUUGAUCCAGAAAUAAUUGCACGAGGCACAGUAGGAUUUUCUGGAGCAGAGCUUGAAAAUCUUGUAAAUCAAGCUGCCUUAAAGGCAGCUGUUGAUGGAAAGGAUAUGGUAACCAUGAAAGAGCUAGAAUUCUCCAAGGACAAAAUUCUAAUGGGACCUGAGCGUAGAAGCGUAGAAAUUGAUGAGAAGAACAAAACCAUCACAGCUUACCAUGAGUCUGGACAUGCAAUCAUUGCCUAUUACACCAAGGAUGCAAUGCCUAUCAACAAGGCCACAAUCAUGACACGAGGAACAACACUGGGACAUGUGUCUUUGCUCCCAGAAAAUGACAGAUGGAGUGAAACUAGAUCCCAGUUGCUCGCACAGAUGGAUGUCUGUAUGGGAGGAAGAGUAGCAGAAGAGCUCAUAUUUGGAAGUGAUCACAUCACAACAGGUGCUUCCAGUGAUUUUGACAAUGCUACUAAAAUUGCAAAACUGAUGGUGACUCGAUUUGGAAUGAGUGAGAAGCUUGGUGUUAUGACCUACAGUGAUACAGGGAAAGUCAGCCCUGAAACCCAGUCUGCAAUUGAACAGGAAGUGAGGACACUUCUACGGGACUCCUAUGAACGAGCGAAGAACAUCCUGAAGACUCAUGCAAAAGAACACAAGAAUUUAGCAGAAGCUUUAUUGAAAUAUGAGACUUUGGAUGCCAAAGAAAUCCAAAUUGUUCUAGAGGGGAAAAAACUAGAAGUAAGAUGAUAACAUCUGGGAUAUGUAACUGAUAAUUUGAAGAAUGUACGUCUAGCAGUGCAGUAGUCCUACGCAGCAUAGCCUUUUUUUCUCUUCCUGAUAUGUGUAUGGCAUUAGUGUCACUUUAAUAUUAGUCUGUCUCUUGUGAGCUUCUGUUACUCAUCUAUCUGUUGUGUCUCAUGAAAAUGAGACACAAAAUAAAGCAAGUUCCUCA